AUGGUUCAACAGAAGGAAAUGAGCAGUGGUGUGGAGUGGAGAAUAAGGGUGGGAGAUGGAUCAUCAGAGACUUUAGUUCCAGAGGUUGCAGGGGUAGCCAGUAGAGUAUGGCUUGGCCUGAAGAAAAUGAUUGCAGGGUUUGGUUUCACAGUGUGGAGAUUUCUGGAGAAAGCAUGGGACUUGGGGGCAGAUGACCCCAGAAAAAUGAUCCAUUGCCUUAAGGUGGGAAUAGCACUCACUGUGGUCUGCCUAUUUUAUUAUAUGAGACCUCUGUAUGAUGGUGUUGGAGGGAAUGCCAUGUGGGCUAUUAUGACAGUUGUUGUUGUGUUUGAAAACACUGUUGGAACAACAGUAAGUAAAUGUUUGAACAGAGUGUUUGGAACUUUUCUUGCUGGCUUUCUUGCUGUUGGAGUCCACUGGGUUGCUGAUCAUUCAGGAGAAAAAUUUGAGCCCCUGAUUAUUGGAGUUUCUGUUUUCUUAUUAGCUUCUGCUGCAACCUUCUCUAGAUUUAUUCCAACAGUGAAGGCCCGGUUUGAUUAUGGCACUAUGAUCUUCAUCCUCACCUUCAGCUUGGUCACAGUAUCAGGUUAUCGUGUGGAUAAAUUAUUUGAUUUAGCCCAUCAGAGAAUUUCUACCAUCAUCAUUGGGUGUUCCCUGUGCAUAUUUGCGAGCAUGUUCGUUUGCCCCAUUUGGGCUGGCGGGGAGCUCUAUAAUCUAAUCAAUCGAAACAUGGACAAACUUGCCAAUUCCUUGGAUGGUUAUGCAGCCGAGUAUUACAAUCAGAGUGAGGAAGAAGCUCAUAAGAAAUUGGUAGGCUACAAGUGUGUGCUAAACUCAAAGGCCACAGAAGAGUCUCUGGCCAAUUGGGCAAGAUGGGAACCAGCCCAUGGCCGCUUCAACUUCAGGCAUCCAUGGAAACAGUACCUCAAAAUCGGGGCAGCAAUGAGAAGUUGUGCUUAUUGUAUUGAAGCUCUCAAUGGUUGCAUAAAUUCAGGCAAUCAGGAUUCAAAGUUCAUGAAGAAGUAUCUUAGUAGUAGUUGCUUGAAAGUGAGCUCCAGUUCUUCAAGUGUCAUAAAAGAGCUGGCAAAGAUUAUCAAGACCAUGACAAAAUCAUCCAUCAUAGAUUUGUUGGUUGGAGAAAUGAAUAGUGCAGUAGAAGACCUUCAGAAUGACUUGAAAUCUCUAUCUGGUUUGUUCAAUCCUCCAGAAGCUGAAACUCCUGAAAAUGAUACUAAACCGGAGAAAACCCUCAUGUCAACUGCUUCAAUCCCUCUGAUGGGACUCAUUUCAGUGGUAACAUUUGCUUGUUUACUGAUGGAAAUAGCUUCCAGGAUUGAAGCUGUUGUUGAAGAGGUUGAAGAGCUAGCAAAUUUAGCUGGAUUCCAAUGUAAAUCCAAACAGAAUCAGGCGAGUACUAAAAUUGGACCAGCUGAUGAACUGAAUGAUGAGGAUGCCAUGAAGACUUUGGAAAAGGCCUGA